AUGGCUCCAAGCCCAACACCGACGCCGCCUCCGCCGUCCGAGAAGCUCUCCGCACUCGACCAGUUCCGCGCCGGCAUCUCCCAGCCCGUAGUAGCUGCCUUUUGCGCCGGCGGCGUUGCCGGUGCCGUCUCGCGCACCGUCGUGUCGCCGCUUGAACGUCUAAAAAUCUUGUUCCAGGUCCAGAGUGCCGGCCGCGACGCGUACAAGCUCAGUGUGGGCAAGGCGUUGAUGAAGAUGUGGAAAGAGGAGGGCUGGCGCGGUUUCAUGAGGGGCAACGGCACCAACUGCAUCCGUAUUGUGCCCUACUCGGCGGUUCAGUUUGGGAGUUACAACUUCUACAAGAGGAAUUUCUUCGAACGAUACCAGGGCGACACUCUCACGCCUAUCUCGCGUCUAACAUGCGGCGGCAUGGCUGGUAUCACAUCCGUCACCUUCACCUACCCGCUCGACAUUGUGCGCACGCGGCUCUCAAUUCAGUCCGCUUCGUUCGCCGAACUUGGCGAAAGGCCAAAGAAACUCCCAGGCAUGUGGCAGACCAUGGUGCUGAUGUACAAGACGGAGGGAGGGUUUACAGCCUUGUACAGAGGAAUUGUCCCCACCGUGGCUGGUGUUGCGCCAUACGUUGGCCUGAACUUUAUGACUUACGAAUUUGUGCGGCAAUACCUGACAUUGGAAGGGGACCAGCAUCCUAGCGCUGUCCGGAAGCUCGCCGCUGGCGCAAUCUCUGGCGCCGUUGCGCAGACUUGCACAUAUCCAUUCGACGUCCUACGACGCCGGUUCCAGAUCAACACUAUGUCGGGUUUGGGCUACCAAUACAAGUCCCUUGCCGACGCUGUCCGUGUAAUCAUUGCCCAAGAAGGCGUCAAGGGCCUAUAUAAGGGUAUCGUCCCCAACUUGCUCAAAGUGGCCCCCAGUAUGGCCUCCAGCUGGUUGAGUUUUGAAAUCUGCCGCGACUUCCUCGUCAGCCUGAAGCCAGAAGAAGACCCGUCGCUACAAUGA